CGUCCAACACGAUUGAACCCGUAGUGGUGAGCGGUGUCAAGGUACGUGGCCUGUGGUCCAGCCACCCGACGUCUUGUCUCUCAGAAGGUCUCUCGUACCAGCAGUUCUUCCGUACAAGAUAAUAUACGUCUCAUGGUGCCCUAAAGCAUCUUUGCCUGUCCUGGCUCAGUCCCGGCACGAGUUGUCCACGGCUUUACACUGGCUCUCACCGUGAUAGGCAGCAGUCCGGAGCGUGUGUACCACCGUGGUGAGGAGUGUGGCGGAGGAACCAGGUGAGGUGCGGAGCGUCGGAGCGUCCUGCGCGUAUGCAGCGGGGAUGGAACCAGACGCAACAGUGCGCCAAUAGCAGCAACAGGGCCAAAGUGGGUUUGAAAUUUUGCGGUUGCGAAGUGUGUGACUAGAUGUGCAAACUCAGCUUGAGCUUGGUCGAACACAAAAAUCCAUCAGUUCGCUUUGAAUCAUAUUCAGCGUGCGUUAAUGAUAAUGUCGUUGGAUGCUGAAUGGCAGCAUUCCUUGGUUUCGCCCAAAGUGCCAUGCGGUGGUGUGGCACAUUGGAUCGGAGACACGAGGUCGACACGAAAUGCUGGGGAAGAAAGUGUUGUUAUUGCGGAUGACCUCCCGCAGCUGGACGCCUGUGGCGCAUGUGUCGUUCUCUCACCUACCACCCGGGAAGGCGUGUGUCAAAUGACGGAGGCGAAGGACGCUGGUCGCCACCAAGAAGCGUCUGUGGUGCAGGCCCACGUCGUAGCCGCUGUCGAAGGGGAUCUGGAAUCUGUUGCAGUUGGGGCCGACGAGCGCUUCAUCACCAUGAGGGAUACGGGAUACUCUCUUUAA